GCGACGUAAGAAGGAGGCAUCGCAGGGCUUCGUUUGUAUCUCUCGAGUGCCAGAUAGGAGAGGUUAGAUACCUCUGCCUAUAAAGACCCAGGUCUUAAAUACCUAAGGCAUGCCCACUGCCUUCUCUUCUACCGUACUCAUCGGCCUGCCUGCUAACAUCCUAAGUUAUACAUGUACCUACAUAACCAGGUAGUUGGUACCUAAGGUAGGUACACAUCCAAGGUAGGCGCGGUAGGGCUUAGCUUCAAUCUGCCAUGUACUCUCCAAUCCCGAACAGGGCGGGCCUCGACGACUCGUACCUCGGCAUCUCCCUCGCGUUGUCAGCAGCCCCGUCGAUGCGUGAAUCCUUCUGAUCGCUCGUCGCCCUUUUUAAGAGCUUCGCUUCUACCUCGAGAUUCUAGUGGUGGGCGCGUCGUCACCUCAAUUUUCUGCCGUAAAUUGCACGCUCUACCCCCCUUUCCCUCUUGCGGUGAUAUCGGUGGCCUAGUAAGAGCUGAAACCCGCUGCGACCCCGAGUGGUGAGAACCGAGCGAUACGCAGAUCAAUUCGUCGUCAUCGACAAGAGAGGAGGCGACCAAUCCCGAGCCCAGCAUGCCUUUUGAUACCGAGCUGACGCGCCGCCUGGGCAUCAAGAUUCCCGUGGUGCAGGGAGGUAUGCAGCACGUAGGGGUUGCUGAGCUGGCCGCUGCCGUGUCGAACGCGGGCGGGUUGGGUAUCCUCACAGCACUCACGCAGCCCACGCCCGAGGCGCUGAGGAAUGAGAUCCGCCGGUGCAGGAAGAUGACCAACUAUCCCUUCGGCGUCAAUAUCACUCUGCUGCCUGCCCUCGUCCCGCCGGACUACGCCGCGUACGCCCAGGUGGUCAUCGACGAGGGCGUCAAAAUCGUCGAGACGGCCGGCAACAGCCCCGGGCCAGUCAUCACCAAGCUGAAAGCCGCUGGCAUUAUCGUGCUCCACAAGUGCACCACCAUCCGACACGCCCAGAGCGCCAUCAAGCUCGGUGUCGACUUCCUGUCCAUAGACGGCUUUGAAUGCGCGGGACACGUGGGCGAGUCAGAUAUCACCAAUUUCAUCCUGCUCAGCAAGGCGCGCCAGACGCUCAAGGUGCCCUUCAUCGCCUCGGGGGGUUUCGCCGACGGCCACGGCCUGGCUGCCGCCCUGUGUCUCGGGGCCGAAGGCAUCAACAUGGGCACGCGUUUCAUGUGCACCGUCGAGGCUCCUAUCCACCAGAAGAUCAAGCAGCAGAUCGUCGAGGCCCAGGAGACGGACACCGCCCUCGUCAUGCGCAGGUGGACCAACACGACGCGUCUGUACCGCAACAAGGUCACGGACGAGAUUAUCAAGGUCGAGCGCGAGAGCAAGACGGGCGAGUUCGCAGAGAUCGCCCCCUACGUAAGCGGCAAGCGAGGUCGCGAGGUCUUCGUCAACGGAGAUGCCGAAUUUGGCGUCUGGACGGCUGGGCAGGUCAUUGGUCUCAUCCACGACAUUCCGACGUGCGCCGCCCUCCUCACCAGGAUAGAGAAGGAAGCAGAGGAAACAUUGACGUCAAAGCUCGCCUUGGCGAAACCCCAGAGUAAGCUAUAAAAGCCCCGUCUAAUAGUUACGUGUUACCGUUGCAGAGCACUGUUGGUCUGGUUCGAUCUUUGCACCUAUGUGGCGGUGUUUUGGGGGUGGUUGGUACAGCGCAAUACGUAUCGCAGCCGGCCUACCCGGCUUCAGGACGAGACACACGGCACAAAUAGGAAUAUAUACCGGGUUCUCGCCGUGUUGUUUGGCCGAGCUACGCCCGAAUUUACAACCCUAGAGUCGUG